AUGAUAUACUCACGUAUUUGCCGUCGAGGCCUGUUGAAAUGGGUGAUUCGACCACUGCAUAUCCAAGUGUGUCGCUUGGCUACAGUUUCGUCGGCAAAGGCUGCCAAUUUGACCACAUUGAGGAAAGUUUUCGACGAUCAAACUUACUUUAAUGAAUUCAACGGCAGAGGCAGCAGCAGCAGCAGCAGCAGCAUGAUGGAGAAGAUGCUUCAGCCUGCUAGCCGAACGGGCUUAUUCAAAAAUGACUAUCUAAAGCAGCCGCAGGGCCUUGUUGAGUUUUCAAAGCAUUCCAAGCGAGAAGCGGAAAAGUUGGUCUCGGAGAUGACCAGUAACGUCCAUACGGAAGAUGGCAAAUUGGAGUACAUAAAGAAGUUGGACCAGUUGUCGGAUGUCUUGUGCCGAGCUAUAGACGUGGCAGAGUUUAUCCGAGUUGUCCAUGACGAUGAGAAAUGGGUUGAGGCGGCACAACAGACACACGAGUUGAUCUUUGAAUAUAUGAACCAGCUCAACACAAAUGUUGAAUUGUAUGCAAACUUGAUCAACGUCUUGGAGGACAAGGAGAUGAGCUCGCGAUUAAGUGAGGAAGAAGUGAAAGUGGGGCUUUGCUUAAAGCAAGAUUUCGAACGAUCGGGGAUCCACAUGGACCCCACGAUUCGAGAUAACUUUGUCGCUAUAACACAGGAGAUCUCGCUCAUGGGAUCGCAGUUUAACAACGAGGCAAGCAAUUUGGCGUCGUAUUAUGUCACAAUCACUCAAGAUGAAUACGACAGCAUUUCAAAUUACCGAAUACGACAGGAGAUAGCACGAUCGGAAAAGGCAUACACGGGAGAAAAAACACGUGGAAUAUACCACGUUCUUCUCACUUCCAGUGCCUCGUUUAUGAUUAUGACAAAUUGCGAGUCGAGCGAGUUGCGCAAGAAGAUAUGGAUAGCAAUGCAUAACGCCAGCGAGCAACAGAUUGGCAUUUUGAACCAGUUUGUGGCGUUUAGAGCAUUGUUGGCGCGGAUGUUGGGGUACCAGUCGUUUGCCCACUACCAGUUGGAGCACAAGAUGGCCAAGAGCCCCAAAAAUGUCGUUUCGUUUCUUGCCAACUUGCAGCAGUCGUUGAAGCGGAAGCGGGUCAUUGACGAACUUCGCGUCUUGACGCGACUGGAUGUUAGAUACCUAGAGAUGAGCGACGAUGAAUUAAUCGACAGUUUGAAGCCUUGGGAUCGUGAUUACUUGGCUCAAAAAGUUCAAGAAGCAAACGAGGGAAACGGCGCUAAUGGCGGGGGUGGGGUAUCUUCUACGUUUGCAGAAUAUUUCUCAGUGGGCACGGUCAUUGCCGGCCUCAGCAAGCUUUUCACCAGCUUGUACGGCGUUUCAUUUGUGCCUCAACCCACCCAGGACGGAGAAGUGUGGAAUGCCACGAAUGUGCGCAAACUAAGAGUGGUUGAUAACCGCGACGAUGCCACUUUGGGCUUCUUGUACCUUGAUUUUUGGUCAUCCAAAGUGCUCCCUUCGCAUUUCACUAUUGUAUGUUCGCGGAAAUUGAACGCUUCCGAGUCCGUACAAGACCAAGGCAAACUAGUUCAGUUGAGCAACGAUUACCAACUACCGGUGAUUUCACUCGUGUGCAACUUUAGCAACUACCACCCCAAAAGCAAAAGCAAAAGCAACAGCAAAAAUGGUCUCCCGACACUAUUAACAUUCGACCAAGUCGACACUAUCUUCCAUGAGAUGGGACAUGCAAUGCACUCGAUGAUUGGCCGCACCCAGUUGCAUAAUUUGUCCGGUACAAGGUGUGCCACUGACUUUGUUGAGAUCCCAUCGGUGUUGAUGGAGUCCUUUUGCAAAGACUCGCGCGUCUUGUCUCGCAUCGGGAGCCACUACCUCACCGGCGAGCCCGUGCCCACACCUUUACUCGAACAAGUGCAAGCGCACAGCAAAUCGCUUCAAGCAUGCGAAACGUUUAUGCAGAGCAAAAUGGCGAUGCUCGACCAAAAACUCCACGAUGAAAACGUGGUUGAGCUGUUGAAAAAUGGAUUGCACGCGGUCAACUCGACCGAGAUCUACCACGCCGUCGAGCUGCAGUUGCGGGUGUUUGCAGAUAAAUGGUCGACAUGGCACGGCAAGUUCCCGCACUUGUUCUCCUACGGCGCUGUCUACUACUCCUACUUGCUAGAUCGCGCGAUCGCCGACGUGCUCUGGCAAACGCUAUUUGAGAAAGAUCCCUGGAGUCCCGAAGCGGGCAACAUUUACAGGGAGAGCGUGUUGAAGUGGGGUGGUACUAGAGACCCCUGGCUUUGUUUAGCUGAUGCUUUGGAUAAUCCGGAGUUGAGCAGAGGUGAUUCGCACGCCAUGCAAUUGAUUGCUGAAAAGUCAAACUUAUAG